CUCUGUGGAGUCAGAAACCAGAGCAACUUCGAGCGCAUAUAGAUACCGGUAGUGACGAUCAAAUCCCUAAAUUGGAUCCAGACUUGUGUUGAGUCGACAUGGCUUCCGAUGCCGAUAUGGAGGACUACGGAUUUGAGUACUCAGAGGAGGAGCCAGAAGAGCAAGACGUUGAUAUUGAGAAUCAAUAUUACAAUUCAAAAGGUUUGGUUGAAACUGAUCCCGAAGGGGCACUUGCUGGUUUUGCUGAGGUAGUUCAAAUGGAACAAGAAAAGGCAGACUGGGGAUUUAAAGCUCUCAAACAAACUGUCAAGAUUUAUUAUCGACUGGGAAGAUAUAAGGAAAUGAUGGAAUCCUAUAGGGAGAUGUGA